AUAAACUAUUUAUUUGAAGUGUUCGCAGAUUUUUCAGACAAUGGAUUUAAUUUUUUUGACAUGUACUUUUUGCAUCAUUGUGAUUUUCGCAUUUCUGCCGAAAGUGCAUCAUCAUUAUGUUAUUCGACAGAAACUCAAAAACCUACCCGCACCAGUUAUUGGUUCGAUAUUUAAGUUAAUGAGAUUAUCAGAUUACGAGCGCACGAAAUUGUUUCUAACGAUAAUGGAGAAUUGUAAAGAAGGAAUAUUCAUACAAUAUAUCGGAAUCACACCUUAUAUUAACAUAUUUAAGCCAGAAUACUUGGAGCAUAUUUUUCCCAGCACGGUAAAUAUUACGAAAGGAGAUUUCUAUGAUAUGCUGAAACCUUGGUUGGGCAACGGACUUUUGACAUCUACAGGUGAACAAUGGUUCCACGAUAGAAAACUCAUCGGGCCGACGUUCCAUUUUAGUAUAUUAGAUCAAUUUGCUGUGGUUGUGUCUGAAAAAGCAGAGAUUCUGACAAAGUGUCUCCAAAAAGAGAUAGAAAAAGAUCCAGAAAAAACCGUUAAUAUUUUCCCUUUUAUUAUCAAUGCUGCUCUCGAUAUUAUCUGCGAAACAGCAAUGGGUGUGGAUAUACAUGCUCAAGAAGUCAAAACCAAAUAUACAUCAACAGUACACCUAACUUCCUCAUUAAUAAUGAAACGACUGCUUCGACCGUGGCAUUGGAUUGAAUGGUUGUUCUAUUCACUGCCUACAGGAAAACAGUUUAAAUCAGCGCUUGAUAUAUUGCAUGGAUUUACAAAAGUGGUGAUAAGUAAGAGAAAGAUUGAACGACAAUCGCAAAACGGCCAUACGGGACUCGAAAAUGAAGACAAUGAAUUUAACAUAGGUAAACGUAAGAGACAGGCGUUCUUAGAUCUAUUAUUAGAUCAGAAUGCGAAAGCUGACACCCCUUUGACUGAUGAUGAGUUAAGAGCGCAAGUCGAUACGUUCAUGUUUGAGGGGCAUGAUACAACUGCGGUUGCGAUAACUUGGACGCUCUUUCUUUUGGGCAAUAAUUUAGAGCAUCAGGAAAAAGUUCACGAAGAACUCGAGGAGGUUUUUGGAGAUUCAGAAACACCAGCCAAUGUAAAGGAGCUGUCGAAAUUAAAGUAUCUCGACAGAGUCAUAAAGGAGACACUCCGAAUAUUUCCGAGUGUACCUAUAAUCUCAAGGGAACUAAUGGAAGAUAUAAAAAUAGGUAGGAUAUAA